CAGUUGGAGAUCAUAUCGAAGCUAUUAGACAGGUACUCCCGCCUUGUGUUCUGGGACGGAAGUUUACGGGGUAACUAGCAGGAGAUAGGUGCUGUCUCCGAUGACAAGUAAUAGUUGACUGAGACUUGACCGUCAUGCCGAGUAGCAGGAUAAGAUUUAUUUAGUGUGAGGCGUGGAUAUGUUGGAUACCUGAUUUAUUCCACACAUGGACAAUAUGAUGUCGAAUGUUUGUGUCGUCAAAAUUGAGCCAGCAGAAGUUGAUGUGGAUGAUGUGGAGGACUUUCUGGCUACUGAUGAUCUGUUUGUGGAGUACUUCAAUGCCUACCUCUCCCUGCCAAGUUUUCCUGAGCCACUGUGCUUCAACAAGGACACUGGGGGGUUUGAGGUGGUCAACAAUGCCAAGAAAGAACUGGCCCAGCAGAUCAAGGCCGCCAUCCGGUCACAGCGCCGUACACCACGCAUGUACCAUGUGGCCAAACUGCACAGCUUCAUCGACAUCCCUCUCAUACCCAUUGAGGAACCAAUGGGGCCGGAGAAGGUGGAGAUCGAUACAUCAUUCACAGUCACAACUCUGAACAAGGAGCAGGGCAUCCACUGGGUGAAGGCUGAGCGUCUGCCCUCCUUCCUAGAGAGUGACUGCUACCUGGAGUACCGCUUGGCAAGCAUCAUCUCGCAGGCCAGACUCUCCCAGGACGGAAAGGCGUUCGCCAUUAUGAAGAUAGACUACAAACCUCGCAUCAAGCGAUCCAAGAAGAAAGACGAUGAUGAGCCCAAGGUGGACCCCAAGGAAGAGCUCAUCAAGAACAUGUAUGUGUGUAUGGGCAAUGCAAGCACUACUGACACCGAUGCCUGGUUCUCCGAGGCUCAGAUGGUACAAAAUACAGAAACAACAUUCUCUACCAUGUCUCGGCCACAGAGUGCUGUCCGCCCAAGCAGUGCUCGACCUGUCAGUGUUAUGGGUUUGACAGACUUAAGUCGAAGAUGUGACAGUGGAUUUGGGAGUCCAUCAAAGAGUUCUGUAUUUGGCAGUGGCUACUUUGGUUCCAGACAUGGAAUUUACCCUGAGGAGAGUGCUGAAGAUGAUUUGCCAAGUAAUAGGCUGUUCAGCAGCAGCUCACUCAAACCCAACACUCCCCGACCGUCUGAGCCUGUGUGUGUCAUGGCGAACAUGGAUGACCAGAGAGGCUCACGACAUGGAGCAAUGGUGUACGCUUAUCCCAGAUCUGAAACCACUGACACUGAGUCCGGCAUGGGAGACACAGAGGAAGACAGGGACGAAGAACUGUCCACGGACCAGGAGGCUCAGCAAACGCUUGACACAGAGAACCAGUCAGACCAGGAUCUUCAAAAAAAGUUUGAGAGUGUCAUAGUGGAAAGUAUUGAUGACUUAGGAGCAGUGAUUGUUGGUGCAGUUCUGAAACGAUGCAUUGCUACUAUUAUAGAUGAGGAUGAAAGGAGUAUUGAGAGUGAUCCUCAGAUCCAGGGAAUGUUCCCAAGGAAGAAGUACUCCCACAUAACAAUGGAUAUGCUGGACCAUUUGUCUAUUGGGCCCAAUCCAAAGGAGCCGACUCAGCUCCAGGAGGUGGAGCUGGAGGAGCCAGAGAAGGAACUGGACCAGCUGCAGGAGAAGAAGGAGGAGAGUGAUGUAGAUUCCCUCCUGGACAGCGAGGAGGACUAUGAGGAACAGGACACCUUCUUCAGGAAACACAAACACCGGACUUAUGAUCUCACAAAGCUGAAAGGGGUCCAGCAGUUUAAGGCUUUCCUUGAAGGUACUCUUGGAGAAAAGCACUGGAACUUCUGGGUGGACAUUGACAGGAGUCGGAUGAUCAAGUCAGAGGAGCACACUCUCAUCUACUUGGCAAACAUGCGUGAGAAGUACCAGCACCCUGGGUCUCCGUAUGAGCUGUCCAUGGAGUGGAAGAUUCUGCUGGGUUUGGUGGAACCGUCCAGCUGGUCUGUAGAGAGACUGUUGUCAAUUCAAAACAAGGUGGCAGAGCCUCUUGUGCUCUACUGGGCCCCUCGGUACCUCCUGAAGCAGAUGGCUCCCUCAAACCCUGAUAGAUAUUACCUGUAUCACCAUCAGCAGCUUCUAAAGAGGAAGAAAGAAGUCUACCCCAACCCCCCGACUGCUGUCAUUCUGCCGCUCAGGCCACGAUCAUGUAUGCCUCGUACCCAACACACAGCAGUUAUCACAGAGGCCCUGGCUCCAGUACUGCCUGAAGUCCUCAGUGCCCCGACCUCGCCACCAGUAGGGCUGAAGAGAGUGUAUGCCCGGCCCAGCACUGUCAGUUCCCACAGGGAAAGUGUCAAGACGCACAACAAGAAGCCCAAGGAGCUCCUGUCUCCCCGAAUGAAGGUGGACAGAGUCACCUCAGCCAGGGUCCGGACUGCAACUACUGCAAGAGCUCAGUCAGCUGUUCCCAGACAGAAAUCUGCAAAGGCGACAGCAAGUCGUCCAGUGUCUGCUUUGUCCGAUUCUUCUGAUUCCUGGGAGUCUGCCUCAGUGAUGUCUGACCGUCUGUCCCCGCGACACACAUCCCGUCCUGUGUCAGGGCGACCUUCCUCCAGCUUGCUGUCCCCAAGACGGACUUCCCGUCCUGUGUCCCCCUCCAACAUGCUGUCCCCCACCACCCCAGCACGGCCAUCAUCUGCUGCUUCUGUGAAGAGUAUGUCCACAGUGUCGGAGUUCACUGGUGGCCGGAGAAUGGAGGCACUACUUCAGGCACUGCACCAUGAGAGGUCAUCAGGUGGCUUCUUCAGAAAAUUUAUUGAGAGAGGUAAAAAUAAGCUUUGGCUCUCGGCGCUGAACUUCUGGCGGGAAGUGCAGGAAUACCACCUUUUGUUCUACACUGAUGUCAUCGACCACUACAUGCUGGAGAAGAAAGCUCAUGCUGUGUACUCCCAGUAUAUUGUUCGUGGUGCUAUGUAUGACAUCGGUUGUUCUGGACCAAUCAGGGAUGAGAUAUACCGCUGUCUGGACCCUCCAUACGAGGAACUAUUUGAUGCUGCAGAAGAGCACUCCUUGGCGAUCCUGUAUGACGCCUGGCUAUUUAACCUGGAUGAUGACGUGAAGACAUACAGCAAGGUGGAGCUGAUUGAUGUGAAGCGCCACCUAGAGACCCGAUCUAAGUAUGUGCUACACCUACAGAAGCGGGGGCUCAUCAAAGAGCGUGUGCUGACCCCUGAUGACCCGAUGGAAGGCUUCGAGGACCCUGUGUAUGAUGAAAGUCUGUUAGAGAACAUCCCACCAGAUUUCCGAGACUACACCCUGGAGAAGCUAAUACACAACCGCAUUGAGCUGGAACAUUUCCGCCAGUUCCUGGCAGACAACUAUGCCAGCAUGGACCUCAUGUGUUGGAUGGACAUUGAAGCAUGGCGGAGAAUUACACACUCGGAUGAGAAAAAGCGGGAUCAGAAAGCCAAGGAGAUUAAAACUAAAUACCUCAACAAGAAAUACUUCUUUGGACCUAACAGUCCUGCAGGGAAGGAGGGUCAAGACAAGGUGAUGGCUGCAGGAGGGGGAUGGGGCAAGCUGCUGGAUGACCGACCCCCCAACUCUGUACUCCUCGAGGCACAGAAGUAUGUUAGGGAACGUCUGGAGAGAAAAUGGCUGCCUCUGUUCCUGGUGACACCAGAGUUCGAGGACAGACAGCGACCGCGCACUGGCAUGGAUGAUGUAGUUGAUGACGUCCUGGUUCAGAAGCGGAGACGCUCUCAGGCCCUGUCGAAGCUUCUUGAAAGUCGGUGGAUCUCAUCAUCUAACGAGAUUCUGACGUUCCGCAAGGCUCUUAUGAACCCAGUAACGUCCCUCCAGUUCAGAAGAUAUGUGUCAAUAAAGGGAGAUAACUUGGAAAAUGAUGUUCUAUUCUGGCUGGAAGUUCAGAAGUAUAAAGAACUUCAUCAUGCCAACACAGACGACAGCCUGAUUCUGCAGAAGAUCAACGCCAUCAUCAACUGCUUCAUUGAUUCACAGAUCCCACCAAGUCUGCAGGUCGACAUCCCCACAGAACUCGCAGACAAGAUCCUGGACAGGAAGUAUGAGAAGGGGCCAUACCUGUUCAGGGAAGCCCAGCUGACCGUGUUCAGAAUUCUCUUCAGUCAGUGGAACGACUUCUGCGAAUUUAGAGCUAACCUGACUGAAGAAAAAAUCCUGCCAACAAUUGAGAGAAGACGACGCCAUGCCAAGUCCCGACAGAAGAGAAAUCAUCGAGAAAUUGAAGAAAAAGCUUCAAAGGAGCGAGAACGUCGCAUCGCUUUGGGUUUGCCAGUUGAUGGAGAGGAGGAUGAUGACCUUUUUAUUGACCCUUUUAAGGCCAUGGAUGAAAGCGAGGCCGAGUUAGAGGACCGUGAAGGAGACAAGGUGUCAUGGACAUAUUCGAACUACAUGCGGGCAUUGGAGAAGGAAGACUUACUGAAUAACACUGAUGAGAGCAUGUUCAGCUCACUCACUGAUGGAAACUCUUUCAAGGAGCUGAACCUGGAGAUGAUAGCAGAGAAUCUUGGGAGGGAGGACAGCCCCCCUCCAAGCAACAAGAAGUCUGUCCGGUCUGAGGAGACACAAACUACUCCAUACAAGAAAGCGAGUCGAGCUGAGACGUCGCUGAAACUCGUAGAGGACAAAAGUCCAAGAAGAAGCCCUGAACCAGCAUCAGGAAAGCCCAAAGGCACUGAAGAAGCUAAACUGAGUCCAAGACUACUUUCUCCAAGAUUACAGGAAGCAUGUCCAGCUAAAACUCAUCAAGAGAAGAUAACUCCUACUAAAACAAUUCAAGGGAAAACAACUCCUACCAGCCACUCCCAUCCAGGUGCUGCCAUGAAGCUGAUGGACCUUGACAAAGGAAAAGUUAAACUUUCUCGUCAAAUUCCACCUCUUGUUCAGAAGAAAUGAUUAAUUUGCCUUGGGUGACCUAUUCUCCUGAAUUCAUUAAUAUUAUGUAGGUUCUAGGAACAGUGAUGGAGUUGUCGGCCAUGCUGUCUAGAGUUGGUGAUGCAACAGCCAAAUACAUGGACUUGUAUUGAUGAAUAUACACGGCAGGUUGACAUCUGUACACUAUCAGGAGCUUACCUCUGUACACUAUCAGGAGCUUAUCUUACAUAACAUUCAAUAGCAAAUACAGUGAAUUUUGUUUAUAUUUUGGAACUGAUUUGAAAUAAAGUUCAAUGUUUGGUUUGGACACAGACAUUAAUUAGAUUAAUUAUUGUCAGAGGUUCAAUACACCACAUCAGUAAUCAGUGUAGCAGGGCUGUUACCUUCUGCCAUAUGAGAUAUGUCCAUAGCCAAAAGUCUAAAUCAUCUUCGAUUUUAUGCUAAUAUGUAUUCUUAUUUAUAUCAGUAAUAUAUUGUAUUACAUCUGUCAAGAAUUGGACUAUCAUUGAAAUAACUAUAAUAUUGUGUACAGCUUGAAAAAUCACAUGUAAAAUGUUGAUUCUACUCAGAACUACAUUUGCAUAGAUAAUGUUUUUCCUGAUAUAACAUGUAUGUUCCUUAUGUCCCUGACUCUGAACGAUUCUUACUGGUCACAGAUAAGUUUAAAUAUUUACACUAGGUGGCUUACAAUAAAGCCAGUUCAAUUCUUGACAUUGGGUAAUGAAAGUUUAAUGCAGGUGAACGAGCCAUGUGAGAAAACAGCCCAGGUCAAUCAAUGUUGUUUUGUAUGUCAAGGUUUGGAGAUAAUGUUAGUUGAAAUUAGCAUCCCUUCACACCUUGCCCAAAUUACAUAUUGCUAAGGUUGUAAACAAAUAAUGUGAAUUUUUAAAGAGGUGGUUUCUGAAAAGAAAGAGAAUCAUUUUGAAAAUAUUUUUCAGAAAGUUUUUCUUUCCUGUCUCUUGUUCACAUAUGGUGAAUGAAAUACAUGGUGUUAAAGCUCUUAUAACCUGACAAUAUAGAAGCAAUGGCUGUAUGUAUCAUUUCUAUAUACUUGGCACUCACAUUGCCAACAUAGACAAGCUGAGUAUAAACAAUGCAGCUAUGAAACUGUUGCUGCCUCUACCCCUGAAACUGACCUGUGAACGGAGUACCACUACCAGUGGAAUGAUUUCUAGAUCUGAUCAAGGCAUGUUCAACUAUAGCCAGAUUGCCAUCUGUGUUACAUAGAGCUUUACUUUGGUAGCUGCACAGUUAAACUCAUAAAUCAGUGAUAUACAUAGAGAUAAGUAUCAAUUUUAAACCACUAAAGCUCUGUAUGUGUCUGUAAGCAGCUUUGAUCAUCGAACAUGUCCACAUAUAUACCCGGUACACACAUUCUAACAUUGAUAGUUUUUGCUUAGCUAGUUUGUAAAUAUUAAUUAUUUACAACGAAAAAUAUGCCAUUGUGUACUGUUAGGACAUUAUAUAUGCCAUAUUAUUCAUUACUAUUUAUAAUUAUUUAUGGUUAUUUAUAAUUAUGAUAUCCUGACCAACACACUGUGAUAUCUGGACAAAACUUUUUUCUUGACGUCAAUAGAUUUGCUUCCCCCAGACAACCCUAUGUUUCUCAGACUGGAAUCUAUUCAAGGUAUUAUUCCUGGUAUUAUACUUAGUGCUACUUAGACUGUUUUCCUUCAACUUCAAAACAGUUUAGUUGAUAUUGUGGAGUGUUAAAGUCUUUAGAUAUAAAACAUCUAUUAGUCCAUAUUUUAUUGCUAUCCAUUAUGUUAAUUACAUUCAUGCCAUGUAUAAUUUAUGUGUACCCCUAUAUAGCAUGUUGAUUUCAUCAAACACAGCUGUGAUUGCCGAUUUAUGAGUCCAAGAUUUUGCUCAUAAAAUAUUUCCCUUUAGUA